AUGACGUUUCCUCUCUCCUGCCGGAGGACACUGAUCAGCUUUGUCAACUCUGUGUCAACACAUCUUUCACGUAAACGGCCAGCAGACGCUUUCUUGGAAUUUCUCACAAAUUCAUCCUCCAUGUUAAUCGUAUUCCUGAAUGAGUUGUCUACAGCGAUGGAGACCAUUGGGCCCACCAUGACUCCGGAACAAACUAUUCAGCGUUACCUAGAAUAUUCCCCGGAGAGCAGUUUGGCAAAUGUCCUAGCAGGCCAACAACAGCAUAAGAAACUCAAUUUGAUAGCGGACGAUAUACUGGCCAGCUUUUUGGAUCCGAAAGCGUACGCGCUGCCUCCUCUAAGGGAUUUCCUUCGGGAAAUCUUAGCCGGUGUUGUCCUUGAAUCCAUCAUCUCGAGUCUGUCACGUCCAGAGUUCAUCAAUGGAUGGAUCAUUCAUCUUCUUAGUGAAGGCGAUUCUGAAAUCAUGAGUGCAAUCGAUGCCAGUGUUGAGGGGGCGCAAACUCAUGGUGUAACCGCAGCCAAGGGUUUCAAACAAGUAAAUAUGCCUCUUCCAACCCAUCUGAAUGGAAAGAAAAUAGGUUCAGAGGCUACUCACAUAGAUAAAGCAACUGAAGAAGCCAUGGUGGAAGCCAAGCGACUAAGUGCCAUGAUCGCAGCACAAGACUUGCAGCAUCAAAAUGCUGAGCAGUCGAUAUACAAUGAUUUUCAAACCGCAUUUUCAAGCGGAGAAGAUCCCAGUUCACAGCCCUGUCAUGGAAAGGAAAGUGUUGAGCAUGAUACUAGAACGCAACCAGGGUUUGGGAAUGUUAACGCCAAGCUGACUCAGAAGAUCCAUGAGCCUGCAUCUGAAAGGGCCUUCGAACUAAAUUCUGCAAGGCGACCCUCACCGUCCUCGCUACAUUCAGCGAGUUCCUUGUCGUUGAACCAAGCAUCGGAGGACGACAUAAAUGCCACCCUGACUCUUCAUCGAGCUUCCAUAACGGUAGAUGAUGGCUUAGAUCCCGGGGAUAAGACAUUGCUGCGAUCAAAACCUACAUCAAACUACUUAGUCCAGAUUGAGCCGGCGUCUGCAUGCUGCACAGGAUGGAUGGUUUUCAGGAACUAUACAGAUUUCGAGUCACUCCAUGAGACAUUAGAAACGAUUUUGAGAUUGAACGGAGUUCAAAAGUUCACAGACGGUCACCCUGUCCUGCCUGCUUGGAAAGGACAGACUAAACAAGCAUUGGCGAGGAGUUUGGAGCGAUACCUCCAAGAUGCCCUUCAAAAUGAAUUGCUCGCAGAGAGCGAAAGGAUGAAGCGGUUCUUUGAGAAGGGUGGAAGUCUUGGUCCUGCAUCUGCGGGCACAUCCCUAAAGGCUGGAUUUUCUUUUCCAAGUCAGGUUUCCCUUGAAAAUGUCGGAAAGGGGGUUCUAGGCGUCUUAGCAAAUGCACCAAAAGGCGUUUCUAACGGCAGCAAGGCCGUUUUAGGCGGCAUGAACGGAGUAUUCCGCGUGACGUCUGUUAAAAAGACUUCAUCAGAUAUGAUUCCAAAUAGUCAAAAUCAUAAUAUCAAUUUCCCUACGCAAAAUGAGUCCCAUCCGCGCAGGUCUGAAGAUGCUGAAGAUCGGAGACGACAUUCACUGGAGCCAGAUAGUGGAACGGACGAUACUCAACUAUCCGCCAGGUAUCAGAGGCAUAGUUCCCCACUGUUUGGAACUGUACCUGGUAUCACGGCCGUGAAGGGAACCAAGCCCUGUCAGGACAUACCUCUUGGCAACCUGGCAGAAAAUUCAGAGAGCUCAAGCCAGACUCCAGCCGCAGAAACGGAGCGAGUUACUGCUUCCUCUAACUUGGAUUCCAAACAUCGUGAGACGAUUCGCAGCUUAUUGCAAGAAUCCAUGAUUGAGUCCAACAUAUCUGAUGAAGCGCUUGGUUUGUAUAUCACCAAACUUCGUGAGAACGUCCUCCCAACAGAAGCUGAAUUGAAGUCUUGGCCUUCAGCACCUGACGAUGCCGAAAAAGAGCGUCUAAGAGAGACUGCACGAAAAGCUUUCGUGCAGAAAGGGCUGCCACAGGCCUUGACAAGUGUAAUGGGAGCAGCUGCCAGUCGUGAAGCUCUCGAGAAGAUCAACACGGGCUUUCUCUGCCUACUAUACGCAUCUCAAUUGCUUUUGAAAACAGUGCAUGCCAUGGCUUCCAGAGUUAGAAAGCGCGCGUCCGGUGCUGGUGAAAUUGUAAACGAUGAACAUCCCCAGUUAAAAAGAACCAAGUUUACUUCAAGCAGAAGCUCCGCUGCUUGCGACUCUGACAAACGUCAUACGGGCGUUACUGGAAAUAUUGAUGCAAAUGGGGAUCGAUACUGGGAAAUAUCAAAGAUGCGCCGUGUCACCAUUUCCUCAUUUCGAGGAAAGACUCUGGUUAAUAUUAGGGAAUACUACGAGAAAGAUGGCCAAGAGCUUCCCGGCAAGAAAGGCAUUUCGUUGCCAAUCGACCAAUUUGCCUCCCUUCUCACUUUAUUACCUGAUAUUGAGCUUACACUGAAGGAGCUUGGAGUGUCUGUUCCACGACCAGAUUAUACUGGCGGACAAAAUAUCCCAAAUGAAGAUCAUAGUGAAGCUUCUGAUAGUGGUGGUGAUGGUGGGCUUGGAGUCUCGCAACUGCCACGAAAAAACAUUGAAGCGACAAGUGAGGAGGAUGAGAGUGAGGAGUAG